AAUUUGUGCAAGAAAACAAAACAAAGAUAUUUAUUAAUAAUAAUUUAUAUACAAAAUGUCCUUUCUACGUGGUUCGGUGAACUACGUGUGGUGCACAACAAGUGUGCUGGGAAAGGGCGCCACCGGCUCUGUGUUUCAGGGCGUAAAUAAGACAACUGGUGAAUCGGUGGCAGUUAAGACAUUUAAUCCAUACAGUCACAUGCGGCCUGCAGAUGUGCAGAUGCGCGAGUUUGAGGCUCUCAAAAAAGUAAAUCAUGAGAACAUUGUUAAACUGUUGGCCAUUGAGGAGGAUCAGGAGGGUCGCGGUAAGGUGAUUGUUAUGGAGCUGUGCACAGGCGGCAGUCUGUUUAAUAUACUCGACGACCCAGAGAACUCGUACGGUCUGCCUGAGCACGAGUUUCUACUGGUGCUGGAACAUCUAUGUGCCGGCAUGAAGCAUUUGCGUGACAACAAGCUAGUGCAUCGCGAUCUCAAGCCUGGCAAUAUUAUGAAAUUUAUAUCUGAGGAUGGCCAGACAAUAUACAAGCUAACAGACUUUGGUGCUGCUCGCGAGCUGGAGGAUAAUCAGCCAUUUGCCUCGCUCUACGGCACAGAGGAGUAUUUGCAUCCUGAUCUCUACGAGCGCGCUGUGUUGCGCAAGUCCAUACAGCGUUCAUUCACCGCCAAUGUAGAUUUAUGGUCUAUUGGUGUGACGCUCUAUCAUGUAGCCACUGGCAAUUUACCAUUCAGACCCUACGGCGGUCGCAAGAACCGCGAGACAAUGCAUCAGAUAACCACAAAGAAAGCGUCUGGUGUUAUAUCAGGCACCCAAGUAUCAGAGAACGGACCAAUUGAGUGGUCAACUACUCUGCCGCCACAUGCGCAUCUCUCGCAAGGAUUAAAGACGCUCGUCACACCAUUGCUGGCCGGCUUACUGGAGGAGAAUCGUGAAAAGACUUGGUCCUUCGACCGGUUUUUCCAAGAAGUGACGCUUAUCUUACGCAAGCGUGUCAUUCAUGUGUUUUUUACCAAUCGAACUAGCUCGGUAGAAGUUUUUCUGGAGCCCGAGGAGCAAAUUGACAACUUCAGGGAGCGCAUAUUCCUGCAGACAGAGGUGCCGCUUGAAAAGCAAAUAUUGCUAUUUAACAACGAGCAUCUUGAAAAAAAAGUAACUCCACGCACUAUAGCCAAAGCUUUUCCUGCAACAACCACAGAGCAGCCCAUAUUCCUCUAUAGUAACGAUGACAACAAUGUGCAACUGCCACAGCAAUUGGAAUUGCCGAAAUUUCCAGUAUUUCCACCAAAUGUGUCCGUGGAAAACGAUGCUAGCCUAGCAAAGGCUGCUUGUAGCGUUGGUCAUGAGUGCAAAAGGCGUGUCGACAUAUUUACCACAAUGGACAUUUUGAUCAAGAAAGGUGUGGAGAACUUUAUAGAGAUGUUGAUUACUACCAUAACAUUGCUGCUGAAAAAAACGGACAGCUUUGAUAAUCUCUUAUCGACGGUUGUGGACUAUGCGGAUGUGGUGCAGAGCAUGGCUCAAGUGACAAAAGGAGACCAGGGAUUAAAGUCGCUGCUUACCACGUUGGAUAGUGUGAAAAAUGAUUUCGAUGGUGCUGGCGAUGUCAUAACGCAAAUGCACAAGCAUUUUGUCACAGAUGAUGAACUAAAUGAUCAGUGGACAUCAUCGAUGCAUGGCAAAAAGUGUCCGUGUCGCACGAGAGCCAGCGCGCAAGCAAAAUAUCUUGUGGAGCGCUUGCGAGAUUCGUGGCAGCAUUUGCUGAGGGAUCGAGCUACGCGAACAUUGACCUACAACGAUGAGCAGUUCCAUGCGCUGGAAAAGAUAAAGGUUGACCACAAUGGCAAACGCAUAAAGCAGCUACUUCUGGAUAAUGUCAGUCCUGCUGUAGCACAAAUGGCUGAGUGCUUGGCUGAUUGGUAUAAGCUGGCUCAGACUGUUUAUUUAAAGACGCAAAUACUGGAGAAAGAUGUGCGUGACUGUGAGCGCAAGUUGCAUAGCAUUCGCGAUGAGCUUUACCACAUCAAAUCGGAGCAGAAGCUGGAUGUGGACACCAAGACUAUUAACAAUAAUAAUCAGUUGGCCAAAAUUGAGGAACGAAAUCGAUUGCGUGUUAUGAAGCAGCAGCAGUUGGAGGUGAUGAGCAUGAUGAAGAAAAAUAGUGAACUGAUAGGAUUACUUAAUAAUUUAGGCGUUGUCAGUGUAAAGGCAAAAAGUUCAGAUGCAUGAGUAAGUGGUAGCUUAGUUUA